GAUUUCCUUCCUUGGAAUCCAAUCUAUCAAAAUGACUUUAUUUGACACUCAAGAAACUUGUAAAUAUGAUCAAAAUAGACUUUGGGCAGAGCCUGAAUGACCACAAGGCGCUGCUCAUCCUGGUAAGGCCWGURGGUUAUAUAGGAGAGAAAACAUUCUCACAAAUCUUCCAAGAAAUAAGUCGGUUCACGCGCGCACAGGUACCAAACACUACAAGAAGUCUUCACUUAAAGUACGCUCAACAAAUCCUUCCUCAGUUUAUAGAAUGGAGCACAUUUCAUUCUCACAGGAGAGUUCUUGGUCUCAUUUGUGUUGCAAAAUGCACCGAUGUUAAGGAGACUGAUAAAUUAAUUGGGAAAAUCAAGGAUUUGAAGUCGCAAUUCAACUCUACUUUGCUUGAUUCACGAUGCUUCGUUGUGGGUUGCAAAAGCGACGAUCAGGCUACGACMAGGAAAGAUUUUAUUCUUUUAAACGAGGAAAAGAUUUCAGAGGAAAUAGAAAAAAACAUGGCUGAACUUGUGGCCUCAUUGUUUAAUGUACUGGAAUCUAAAAGGAUAAGUAAAUCGGCGGAAAAACCUGACAARGUUUCUGCUGUUUUUGCACCAGUUGAGGUUGAACCUUAUAGCACAGUGGAGGAUACUAGAAAUUCCAAAAGGAAAAGUAUUGGAAGAAGUCGUAAAUAYCUCGGUGACAUUAGCAUGCUGACUGGGUUGCACCAAGAUGCUUUAAACCAAUACUCCAUGGCUAUAGAGCAUUUAAGAACAGUUAAUGAUUUUUUAUGGCUUGCUGGAGCCCUCGAAGGACAAUGUGCAUCAUCRAUUGCGGYUAUAACUUCAAACGAGGGAGAUASUACUUCUAGGUUUUUAAUACUACCMACUGAUUGUGCAGCAAAAACUUCCAAUGUCACUAGUAAUGGGUUCGGUAAUGAUAUUGAUGAAGCAAAGUUCAAAAACACUCCUCCUUUACCRUUUGAAGAAAUUUAUGAGAGACUCUCUGARGCACUCUUUUUGUAUGCACGAAUUAAGGGAUGUUCKGUAGUGGAAGUUGAAGCUCAUCUGAAGCUAACAAGACUUCUUGUAUCUCAAAGGAAAACUAUAGAGGCCAGUUCUGCACUACAGAAUGCAUUGUCAAUUAAUGUCCCGGGUAUUACUGACCAGGAAAAGAUUCAGAGAUACAGUUCKGCAGCUCAAUUAUACAGGGAACUAGGAUUUCAUAGGAAGGCAGCCUUCUUCACUAGGGUGGCAGCCAUGCAGUGUGUUUCUCACUCUCUUCCUGCUCAAGCAUGGGCUGCUUCAUAUUCUCUGCUCUUAGAAGCUAUCAAAGGUUAUAAUAUUGAUUUAGAUCCACUGAAAUUCCUCAAAGGUCAUCCCAAUGGCUGGCCAACAUUACAGAUACGACUAUUGCAUGAGUUAGUGUAUACAGCUCGUAGACUUGGAGACCCUGCACUUGCUGUUAGGCACAUGACAUUUCUUCUUCAUACAAUGCAUGAGCAUCUGAGUGAUGCUGAGCUAACGGACCUUGCUGGAGGACUAGACACAUUAUCAAAACAGUGUUCAGGAUCAGUGCCAUCUUCACCCAGCAGCCCUAAUGACAAACUAUCUCUACACUUCUUUCCUGAGGUUUCGCUGACCAAAAUGCCACUUGUAAGAUCUUUCAAGGUUCAUCAAUUACCAAUGCAUCUUAAACCAGUGGGUAGAAAAGCCACAUCUGCUGUUAACUCUCCUUCAAUUGGUCCCUUUAUUUUCUCUUCACUGCGAAGGAAUCCCAAAGAUCAGAAAAAGAAAAAAAGUACAUUGUGGGUUCAAGGAGAAGUCGGACAGGUUUCCAUGGAGAUCUAUAAUACUAUGCCAUUUGAACUCAAGGUUAAGAAAAUGGCUCUAUGUAUAGAAGGUGUAGACUUUGAGCCUUUUCCUGCUCAUCUUUCAUUGCCACCAAAGACUGGACCACAUUCAGUAAUGUUAUUGGGAAUACCACAUAAUAAAGGCACACUAAAAAUAACAGGUUAUACGAUAAGUGUUCUAGGCACAGAGAGUACCUGCCCAUUGACUAAGGACAACAUGGAGAACAAGGAUGAUUUUCCUGUAGUUGUUGAUGUAGUUGGUUUUAUGCCCUUAUUACAAGUUAGCACCUCUUUACCUAAAGUACGAUCGACACCGACAGAUAUUGACAGCCCUCAAUCAGCGCCCUUGGUUACGGCAGUGACUUUGUAUGCUGGUCAAAGAUUUUCACCAUGGGGGCUUAAUGGAACUAUAACAUUUCGAUAUUCUGGGGAACUUGAUAAAGAUCAUUUAUGCCGGCGGGUUUCCAUGACGAUAGAUGUCUCUGUUGUGCCGAGUCUUCACUGUCAUAAUUAUGAACUGCGGGCAAUCCCAAGUGAUGAAUCAAAGUGUCUGUUGUUAUUUGAUGCUGACAACAAGACUUCUAAUGACAUGGAGCUGGAGUAUUCGGUUCAGCCUCACAAAGUUCUUUCAGAUAUCGGUGGAACGUCUUCAACAGAAGUCCUCAGUAUUCAAGGAAACGACUCAAAAAGGUAA